UCUUAAAAUGGAGCUAUGAAGGUCUUUUAUUAGUAAAAUUGUUAUAUCACAGAUUGCAUUGAGCUGAGAAAUUCGGCUGGUCACCGGUCUGUUACCCUGUAAGAUCCGAGUUUGUGGCAGUGACUCAAAAUUGUCAACUCGUUAAAAAAAAUUUAGGUUGACUGACAGCAGGUCUUUCCUCUAGUCCUGUAGGAUCUAACAUGGCGAAGUCCAAACAAACAGGAAACCACAAGAGUGACAAGAAGAAACACAUUGCAAAGACAUGGAAGACAAAGCGAAGGACCAAAGAUUUGGACCAGAUCCAUUCAGACAUGAAGCCUGAGACAGCAGCCAAGCUGCUGCAUCAGGAGGUGGACUACGACGUGACAGGAUGUGCACAACACUACUGCUUACACUGCGCGAGAUAUUUUGUGGAUAUGAGAUCCUUGAAAGAGCACUUCAAAAGUAAAGUGCACAAAAAACGGUUAAAAAAGCUCAGAGAAGAACCUUAUACCCAAGCAGAGGCAGAGAAAGCAGCAGGUAUGGGCUCCUACAUCCCUCCAAAAAUUGUUGAAGUGAAGACACAGCCUGUGGAAGAGGACAUGGACUGAGAGCUGCCCACUUUUAACCCAUGGACUGGUUAACUCAGUAACAGGCAUGUCAACAAAAUGGAUCAUUGUUCUGUUAUUUCCCACUGCUGCCAGGUGCAUUUUUAAAUGCUUUGUGGCAGCCGGCUAUGAAAUAACUGUCUGUUAGACUAAACUUAGUCUUACCUUAUACUGAGUAAUGUAAUGCAACAUGUACCGAUAUAAAUGAGUAUGUGUAUAGCUGUGGAAUGAUAAUAAAUUAUAAAUAAAGUAGUAGCUGA